UAAAUGUGAGUGUCCAGCCCUAGAUUGCAGUGCGAUUAAAAAACAGAGCACAACUUGUUUCUGCUCGGCGAAUCAUUAUUUUUGUUAUUUAUUUAUCAAACACUAUUACAAGCUGCAGAUUAAUAAUGGCCGGAAUGCUGAGAGGAAUCCUCUGCAGGCCCCAGCUGCGUGAGCUCUCAAUGCGUUGCCUUAGCUCAGCAGCCGGAGGAUCAGGCACCACGGAAAGAGCCAGCCCUAGAUCGAAGCCUCUGCGUCCACGACCAAAUGCACUGACCGACGAAAUAAUACGAGUCGAUCAUGCAGGUGAAUUGGGUGCAGAUCGCAUCUACGCUGGGCAAAUGGCCAUUUUAGGUAACGGACCUCUUGGCAAGACUAUUGGACACAUGUGGGAGCAAGAAAAAGAGCACCGGAAGCAGUUCGAGCAGCUUAUUCAGCAACAUCGUGUGCGUCCGACAAUCAUGACGCCGCUUUGGAAUGUGGCUGGGUUUGUGCUGGGAGCCGGAACCGCCUUGAUGGGAGAAAAGGCGGCCAUGGCUUGCACAGUGGCCGUGGAAACGGUGAUCGUGGAGCACUACAACGAUCAGCUCCGCCAGAUCAUGGAAGCACCGAACCCAGACAAGGAGCUGCUGGCGACAAUUACCAAGUUUCGUGACGAGGAGCAGGAGCACCACGACACGGGCAUCGAUCACGGAGCCGAGCAGGCGCCUUUUUACCAGGCCAUGACGGAGGUGAUCAAGUUUGGCUGCAAGACGGCCAUUGCGAUCUCGAAGAAGAUCUAAGCUGGAGCAGUUGGGCGCCUUGUAUAUAUCAAAAUUAACUGUUCCCGCACCGUGUUAAGCAUUAAAAAUAGAGAUAAAUGUCCAGUA